GUUUUUUUCUCGAAGCAUAAUAAACAUAAUGGCCAAAGAACGAUCUGCUAUUAGUAAAAGCAUGAGUAAAAAAAGGGUCUCAGGUACGCACGUAUCUGGUCUCUCUACUUCCAAAACAUCCAAAAGAAAAGACGCACCUAUAAAAUACGGUCAACUGUCAAGAAAACAAAAGCAAGACUUGGAGGACUAUGGUGAACUUGUACCUAAAGACUUUGAAGACGACGAAGCAGACACUUUCAAGCGUAGAAGAGUCGUAUCCGAGGCUGAUUUGGACCGAGAAUUAGAAGAAGAACAAAGACGAGCUGCGAGACAAUUCGAUGAUUCUGAAGAAGAACAAGUAUCAGAUGAUUACAGCGAGGAAGAAGAUUGGAAAAAGCCUUCUGCAUAUUCCUUGCUUAUGGGUUCAUUGAAAAAGAAUUCGAAGCAAAAAGACUUUUACAACAAGAUUCAACGUGAACAAGAAGGCAUUGAAGAUGAAAUAGAACAAGAAGACGAGGAACAGCUCAUAGAAAGAGAAGAAGAAGGACUAGAAGACGAUGAAGACGAUGAAGACGAUGAAGACGAGGAAAUGUCAGGUGAAGAAGAUUUGUAUAACGAGGAUGACGAAGAACAGGAAGAAAAAGAGCCCAUUGAUGGUGACGCUCCUGACCCACUUGAGGAAGAGGAAGAAAUUGUAUAUAUGGGAAGUGAUGCAGAGGAAGAAGAAAUUCAAGAUGAUUUGUUUGAGCAUCGAUUCAAUGAUCAGCAAGCAAGUACCUUUGAUGAAAAGAUUUCUAUCGUUGAGCAGAAGAAAUGGACAACGCAAAUGUUUGAUGAUGAAGUUUUAAAGAACGUUACUGCCUUCACCACUUCAGAAGAUAAACAUGUAAAGAAAAUGCCUGAAAUAAACUCAUUAGAAGAAGUCAAAGUGAAACAACGCAUUGGAAACUGCUGGUAUAAGGCUAACAAGCAAGUCAAUCAUAGAAAAAACAUCACAUUCACUCCUCUUCAAGAUCGUUUGUUUAACCAAAUGAACAAUUAUCGUGAUGUUGUUUAUUGCAACCGUAAUCUGAAUAAUGCCAAGGAGAUCAGAAACACAUAUCUUCUCCAUGCCAUUAACCAUAUUACAAAAACUAGAGAUCACGUCCUCAAAAACAACGCCAAGCUGAGUAAAGCACAAAAAGAAGGCAAAGACUUGGGUGAAAUGCGGGACCAAGGCUUUACUCGUCCAAAAGUCUUGCUCAUUUUACCUUUUAGAAAUACCGUCGUUGAUGUAGUAGAUACAUUAAUCAAACUAUCAGGAACAGAGCAACAUGAAAACAAGAAUCGAUUCUAUGAGCAAUUCAAUUUACGUGAAGAAGAAGCCGUGGACCCUAGCAAACCAGCUGAUUUCUUGCAAAAUUUCCAAGGCAAUAUUGAUGAUCACUUUCGCUUGGGUAUCAAGUUUGCUAAAAAGUCAAUGAAGCUUUACUGCAACUUUUACGAUGCUGAUAUGAUUGUGGCAUCACCUUUAGGCUUGCGUACAUUGAUUGGUUCGGAAGGUGACAAGAAAAGGGAUUUCGAUUUUUUAUCAUCUAUUGAGCUCGUUAUUAUGGAUCAAACAAACCAUUUCUUGAUGCAAAACUGGGAACAUGUAGAACACAUCUUUCAACAUAUGAACUUGAUUCCUACUGAUAGCCAUGGCUGCGAUAUUUCUAGAAUCAAGAGUUGGUACUUGGAUGGAAAGGCCAAAUAUCUUCGUCAAACACUUGUCUUUGCUGACUUCUUAACACCAGAAUUCAAUGCUUUAUUUAACAAGCAUUUAAAGAACGUAUCCGGCAAAUUAAAAAUCAAGCAAAUCUUUGAAGAAGGCAGUAUCGUUGAUGUGAUUUCUCAGGUGCAACAGAGCUUUACCCGUAUUGAUGCUCCUACUUUGAAAUCUGUCAAUGACGUGAGAUAUAAAUACUUUGUCGAAAAGACAUUGCCAACCUUACGUAAAUCAGCCAUCAUGCAAUCACAUACCCUUGUUUUCAUCCCUUCUUAUUUUGAUUUUGUCAGGAUAAGAAACUACUUUGAAGACAACAAGUAUUCAUACGAAGCUUGUUCGGAAUACGCCUCUGGGUCUGCAAUUACUCGAGCAAGAGCACAAUUCUUUCAUGGUAGAACAGACUUUUUACUGUAUACUGAAAGACUUCACUUCUUUAGAAGAUACAAUAUUCGUGGUACUUUCCAUGUUGUGUUCUAUGGUCUUCCUGAAGACCCAUUAUAUUACACAGAAAUUGUUAAUUUCUUGAGUCUCAAGUUUGAUGAAGCCAGUGCGGCUGAAGAAGCUACUUUUUCAUGCACAGCUUUGUUUACCAAGUACGACUUUUUGAAGCUAGAACGUAUUGUGGGUACAGAAAGAGCCAAGAAGAUGUGUACAGCCCAGAAGAAUGUGUUUAUGUUUUCUUAAUAAAAGUCUAUUUUUAUUUUACUGUGAGGCAAU